UCUUAGCAUCUGUGGCUUUCUUCUCCCAGCUCUGUGUUCUGGAGCGCACCUAGUGUCUGUCGCCGUGUGACUCGCUGGUACCUGGACACCCAGCGCGAGGCGGGGCGCUCACCUGAGUCCCGAAAUGGGGUUGGUGUCAUUUGAAGACGUAGCAGUGGACUUCACUUGGCAGGAAUGGCAGGAGCUGGAUGCUGCUCAGAGGACGCUCUACAGGGACGUGAUGCUGGAGAACUAUAGCAGCCUGGUGUCCUUGGGGCACUGCGUGACUAAACCUGAGUUGAUCUUAAGGUUGGAGCAUGGAUUCCAGCCAUGGAGCAUAGGAGACACUUCAGUCUGGCGUCUCCCAGGUGUUCUUGAAGUGUAUACUCCAAAUGAGAGUUGCCUGGAAAAUCCAGAGAGUCAUAUGUGGCCGGUGGGAAGCAUCAGCAGAAAUCUUUCAAAUAAAGAGAUGAUUGAAGCAGAAAUGAAGGUUCAACUGGAACUUCACCGAGGUACAAAACCCUAUGAGUGUAAACCGUGUAUGAAAAUAGUCAACCUGCCAUCGCAGUGCAGCAAGCAGCAUGCAUACUAUCCAAGUGUGAAACCAUACGAAUGGAAGGAAUGUCAGAAAGCUUUCUGUUACAAGUCAGCGCUCACUCAACACCAGAGAACUCGUACAAGAUUAAAGAUCUAUCAGUGUACAGAAUGCAAGAAGGCUUUCUCCUCCAAAUCAGAACUCACUGUGCAUCAUAGAAUUCAUACUGGUGAGAAGCCCCAUGCAUGUGAAGAAUGUGGGAAAGCUUUCUAUCGUAAGUCAACCCUUACAGUACAUCAGAAAACUCAUAGAGGUGAGAAACCUUACGAAUGUAAAGAAUGUUGGAAAGCUUUCUAUUAUAAGUCAACCCUCACCGAACAUCAGCGAAUUCAUACCGGCGAGAAGCCUUAUGUGUGUAAAGACUGUGGCAAGGCUUUCUUCUACAAGUCAAACUUAACUCGCCAUCAUAGAACUCAUACACGUGAGAAACCUUAUGAAUGCAAAGAGUGCAGGAAAGGUUUUUCCUCCAAGUCAGAGCUCACUUCACAUCAUAGAACUCAUACCGGUGAGAAGCCCUAUCAGUGUGAAGAAUGUGGCAAAGCUUUUUAUUGCAAGUCAACCCUUCGUGUACAUCAAAAAAUACAUUCAGGUGAAAAGCCUUAUGAGUGUAAGGAAUGUCAGAAAUCUUUCUAUUAUAAGUCAACUCUGACUGAACAUCAGAGAACUCAUACAGGUGAAAAGCCCUAUGAAUGUAAAGACUGUGGCAAGGCUUUCUUCUACAAGUCACAGUUAACUCGCCAUCAUAGAAUUCAUACAGGUGANAAGCCUUAUGAAUGUGAAGAGUGCAGAAAAGCUUUCUCCUCCAAGUCAGAGCUCACUGCUCAUCAUAGAACUCAUACCGGUGAGAGGCCCUAUGAAUGCAGAGACUGUGGCAAAUGUUUCUAUCGCAAGUCACACUUAACUCUUCAUCAUAGAAUCCACACAGGUGAGAAGCCCUAUGAAUGUAAAGAUUGCAGAAAAGCUUUUUUCUGCAAGUCAGGACUCGCCCGACAUCUGGGAACUCACACACAUGGGACUAAUACAAAGAACAGGGAAAAGCAUUUUCCUGCAACUCACAGCUCAGUCAGUAUCAGAAAUGAUAUACAAGUUAGAAACCCUGUGGCUCUAAAUAAUGAAAAAAAACUCUCUACUAUAAAUCACUCCUCAGUCCAUAUGAUGGACUUCUUAGAGUUGAGAAGUCCUAUAAAUGUACAUAAUGCAGGAAAACUUACCUUCUUAACUCAUACCUCAUUCAAUGUGAAUGAACUCAGGUGAGACACGCUAGUAACAGAGAAGGCUAGAAAGCAUGCAGUCUACCAGGAUCACUUGACAUCAGAGAAUGCCUUUUGAAAGAGUACAGCAAAGAACUGCCACAAGGGAAACCUCAAUAUCAGAAGACCAUUUUGUCUGGAAAGAACACAGGAAAGCAACUUAAACAUGGAAAGAAGCUUAUGACUUAAAAGCCAAACGUUUUGAAUGGUGACUCAGGUCUCUGUUGAAACCUUCAUUGAAACACCCUGAGAAUGUAUAAAAAUCAAAAAAAUAUUUUCCAGUUAGACUACUGUAUACGUAUUAACCUUGAAAAACAUUUAAGGGACCCUUUUAAAAAAACAGGAAAAUUUUGAUGUCAGACCACAGUCUACAUCAAAAAAGUCAUACAGGUGAGAGACUAUGUACAAAUAAAUCAUGUGUAGUGGCACUUGCUUAUGUUCCAUUUCAUUGACACAGUUAUUCAAGACUAGGGAACGUCAUAUUCUCUCCACCUAGAGAGAAUAUGGGCCUAGAAUGUUAAAAGGGCAUGUGUAGGAAUGUGAUAUGUUUCAGAAGUGCUGUUGAGUUAUGUUGGAAAUGACUGAUUCUGUAUUAGGAGGCACUGGCUUACUUUGUAGGACUGCUAAAGUGAUCUGUGUUAUCUGAUUCUCAUCUCACAAGAGAAAAUGUGGUAAAUCUAAUAACGUCAUUUUAGUCUGACAGUCAAUGAUGUAGGGGCCCAGACUUUAGCAGUGCUUACUUCCUGACCUCAGAGAAGUGAUGGCUGAGAGUGGCAACAUUUAUAUCAAAUUCAUAGCACAGGAGAGAUGGAGGUACAUGGGAUUUGUACCACAGUUUGCAAAUAAAUGAGGGAAUCUAGACCAGUGCUUAAGAUGACAAACCAAGUGAGUAUUCGAGCCAGAAUCAGAUAUCCUAUCUCAGCUCAGUGUCGCUUGCACUCACCUGCACCGUUUCACUUGACCAGAUUUAUACAGCUUGCUGUUAGUGGAUGAAAGGAAAACAGUUUUCAUUAUCAUUCUCCAACUCUGGGAGAAGAGAAUCUAAAUAAUAGUGUCCUGACUCUUUUAAGCCAAGCAACAGCCAGCUCAGAGAAUUCAGCUGUGCCCCCUUGCAAAAGCUCAUCACAACUGGGCUUAUUGAUGGUUUAUACUCUCUUCUCCUCCCAGCAUCCAACUGCUCCCUACCAACUGGCAGCUCUGCAGUCUGCCUGGGGAAAAGAUUUAGAGUAAGUGCCAGGAAACACUAGGGAAGGAGCCACAGCCUCCAUCUAUGUUGUUUUGGAAAAAAUCCCAUUCCUGUUGAGUAAGUCAUUCCAGAUGCCACCCACUAGGGGUGGUGCACUCAUACCCUUGGAAGUAACCCUUACUCACGCUCUGUAAGGAAGCCAAUAAAGUCAUUGGUUUAUUUAUGAACUUUGGAAUGACGGCUCUGUUUGUCAUUAGUACCUUAGGGGAAGGGGUAGAGAUUGCUUUACAUCUCCCCCCCCCCCCGGGAAGGAAUUUUAUAUCAACAUGGAGUCACCAUUAGCAUGCCCCUGUAUCUUUGUGAAGGAUGAUGUGGCUAUGAGUGAUCCUGGAGUCAGAGCUAUGGGACAAGGAGUCUGUCCCAGAGGCUUAGGAGGAAGUCUCAAAAUCUCAGUACAUAGGAAAAGUCCUUCCAGAAGAGUCUCAGAUCUGAGCUUACGAUCUAGGUGCAUAUUGUCUGCUUCUCAGAGUGACAUAAUCUUGACAAGAUACAAACCACCCAACCUUUAAGAUGUCUUAAGUGCACAGAAGUAUGAAAUUUUCACAGACUUGUAGUUAGUUUCUAGUAUGGGUAGGUAAAAGGUACCAUGUAUUCUCCCUAAAUCUGAGAAGAACUAGUGGCUAGUACCUAGCUUACUCUGUGAGUCCACAUGUUCCCAGCUUGAGUUCAGCAGUUUAGAAUUAUGACCAGUUCCUGUUUUACUUCUAGAGAAAAGCCUGGCCACCCUUUUCCCACACACAUCUGACUAUACAAGGUCCCAGAAAUAGUGCAAAUGGUUGAGGGUAUGGCAGCUAUGAUGUAACGGGGAUUUUGAUAGACUUUGGCUGCUUGCCCACUAGGGCAUUAUUACAUAGUUUUGAAAAAAUACAGCUAGAGGUUUUAUAGUUUAGGGUAGGAAUGGGAGUGUGGUAGUCAUGUUACAGCUUGCCCUAUUUGCUUACUAGGUUUUCAAAGAUAAAGAAAUUGCAUAUCAGGAUCGAAAGAGGGUUUGUGAAUGGGACUAGAAGCAUAGACAACUAGUGUGUGUGUGUGUGUGUGUGUGUGUGUGUGUGUGUGUGUGUGUUCUUGUGUGCACACAUUCUUUGUAAACUCAAGAAUAAUCAAUAAACAUCAAGAGUAAACAAUGGUUUAUAUCCUUUCCUAUACUAAAGAAGGCUCUAAGAAGUCUGAGAGCACAUCAUCUACUUGCCAUCACCAGUGCCUUGUAGCAUUCUCAUCAAGCACAAAAGUACCUAAUCCCAUGAUUAAAUGAGCAUGGAGCCAGAAAAGAGACAUUUCAAGCUAUAUUUAAAGAAAUAGAGCAAUCCUUUCACAGGGCUUACCUAAAACCAUUGGCAAAUAGAGAUAUUUAUAUCAUGAUUCAUAAUAGUAGCUAAAUAACAUUAUAAAGUAGCAAUGGAAAUAAUUUUAUGGUUGGCUGAUAAGAGCUAGCUAGUGUCUGAAUUCCAUAGGAUUAAUUAGUAAGACUCCAGGAUACAGCAGUUAAUGUGCAAAAUGUUUAGAAGUUCUUUUAAAGUUAGGCAUUCACUUAUCUUACUCAGAGAACAAAAACCUUGAUAGUUACUGAUGUAACUAUAAGCUGAAUCUUUAAACAAAUAUCCACCCUACUAUAUGUGUAGAUAUUCCUGUUUCAAGUUUUAAAUGUCAACCAGGAUGUUGGGAGAAUUGCAGUGGAUAGACUAUAGUAAGACUAUGUGUAUGACAUACUCAUUGAAGAAGUGAUGGAAGGUGCUGAGUUAAGUAACAUUAGAGGCUUGCAACUAUGUUCUCCAAGUAUCAGACUGCACAAACUACUCCAGUUGCCAGGUAGGUUAUUUACUAAAGGUAUACAAGUUUGCAAUUGUCAAGGUACUCUUGGAAAGGAAUACAUUACAGAUAAGUGGGACUAAUUCCUACAAUCUCAAUGAACAAUUUGUAGAUAAAAUGAAAAUAUUCUAGCAAACGCUGUGCCAGUGUAUAACUGGGACCAUCAGUAUGAACCUAUCCCUAUUCCCCACUUUAAUCACUUUGUGAAUGUAUUUCCCUGCACUCGCUUUGAACCAAUACUGAUAUAUUCUCUUGUGUUAUAAUCAUGCACAUGAAUACUUAUUUCUGUACUGUAUUAUUAGUAGGAGAAUAUCAAAUA